UAUAACCAAAACCCUGUCGAUCGCGAGCAACACACAUCUUCUUCCCAGUAGUUUCUUCUUCAAAUCAAAGACCCGUGGCUAGCAGAGUUGGUUGACGACGGCCUUGAGUAACAAGCGGGGCAUGAGCCGAAUGGGCAGCGGCGGCAAGAAUCGGGUGAGCUGGCUGUGGCGGGCGCCGGGACGGGCGCUGGGCCGCGCGCGCGACCUCUACGUGCGGGGGCUCACCAGCUGCGCGGGCCAGUUCCCGGGCGACGCCGCCUUCGGCUACCCGUCCUUCCCCGGCACGCCCAGGUCCUGCAGCAGGUCCGGCGACGACUUCCGCAGCUGCUCCGCCUCCCCGUCCUCCUCCUCGCGCUCCUUCGCCGGCGACAGCGACCUGCGGGAGCUCAUGCGCGCCGCGUCCGAGAGGCGGGCGCCGCCGCCGGAGCCGCCGGUCGUGCCCCGGAGCCAGAGCGUGGCCAUGGGGAAGAUCGACGAGGACAGGCCCUGCGACUUCGGGGGUCUCGCCGGCGCCGACGUGGCGUUUGGCAGGAGCCGGAGCUACGCCGUCUCUCGCUUUGGGCAGAGGGGGAGGGCCGCGACUAUGCAGGCCGCUUGAUCGCUUCUUGCACUUGCACCAUGAAGCCCCAAUCUGCAGCCGUCCAGUAAAUUAUUACUACUCGUAAGCUUUGUAGCCCUGUAGUUAAGGUUGUUCUCGCACCAUUUUGUUUGGGAUUUGUUCUGGUGUGUUCAUGAUGCAAAAACCAUCAAACACAGCAACGUCAAUGCCACGUUUUUGUACGUAUUUCUUUUUGAAUGAAGGUCUGUUUUUCUUCCGUAA